AAAGUGAAAAUAUUAAACCUGAGAACCCCCGAUAAACUAAAAAUAGAACCCGCCUAAAUCUGAAGCAAACAAAAAACCCUCCAAAACAGCAACUACUCGAAGAGUCCCCUCAAGGCAGCUGUCGUACGAGGAAGUUUAAAAAAAAAAUGUUCUCAAUUGCAGCUAUUAACGACACAGAUUCCAGAGGCCAAUGGGAACCCUUAGCUCCUACUAAAGAAGCCCAGGAAUUCCAUCUUACACAAGCUUACCAUGAUGGGCUUCUCAAGUUACAGGCUAAAGACUAUGAAAAGGCUCGCGAACUGUUAGAAUCCGUUUUGAAAGAUCCUCUUAUUUCAAAUGCUGAAGUGGAUAACAAUACUACCGAUGGUCAUCUGUUACAACUCAAAUUUUUGGUAUUGAAGAACCUUGCCACUGUUUUUCUUCAACAAGGUUCAGGUCACUAUGAGAGUGCUUUGCGUUGUUAUCUUCAAGCUGUAGAGAUUGAUAACAAAGAUUCGGUUGUCUGGAACCAGCUGGGGACUCUAUCAUGCUCAAUGGGUUCAUUGAGUAUUUCACGUUGGGCUUUUGAGCAGGGACUUUUGUGCAGUCCUAAUAAUUGGAAUUGCAUGGAGAAACUGUUGGAAGUUCUCAUUGCCAUUGGUGAUGAAGUUGCAUGCCUUUCUGUUGCAGAGUUGAUUUUAAGGCAUUGGCCAUCACAUUCUCGUGCUUUGCAUGUCAAAAAUACAAUUGAGGAAACAGAAUCAGCUCCUUUUGCUCCUAGAGGUAUAGAUAAGCUGGAACCUAAACAUGUACGUCUUAAAUUCCAUGACAAGAGAAAAGCACCUGAUGAGAAUCUAGAUGAAGGUACUGCACUCAAAAAGUUGAACCAGAACAUAGAAUUGCAAAUUGCAGAAGCUUCCUGGGCAGCUCUCAUUGAUGGACUCCUGGGAAUUUUACUUCCGCUAAAUGGUUGUGGUUCUGAGGUCGGGACUGGAAAAUUGCACAGAUCUGGGGAUGUCAGGUUAAGCAUUCUCUUCCCUCCUUGUGCCGAAAUUGUGAUGGAGCCUGUGGAAAAGAAAGAACCUACUUUACCUCCUAGUGGUGAAGGCAUGCCUCCCAAUGAUAAUGCCUCUCAAAGAGCUAGUAACUCGAAAGAAAAAGAAUCAAAUCUUUUGGAAGAACAACCACAGGAGAGACGGAGUACUCGUCUUGAAAGUCUUAGGAGCCGUAAACCUGGCAAAGAAGAAUUAGAUUUUACUGCAGGUAAGGAUUUGGCCAAGAUUGUGCUUCAAUUACUCGAACCUUUUGUCAUCAGUAAACCAGACAGCAAAGAUUCUGAAGAUAUUGAUAAUUGUUCUGUCUCAUGUGCUGAUCAAGCUAAUUCCUUGGAUAUGGAAAGUAGAGAUGUUGCUAAUUUUGUAAGAGAAACUUCAAAAAAUUAUGGUGCUUACCAUAUUGGUCACUUGCUUUUGGAACAUGCUGCAAGUAAAAGCCUUGUGUGUCGAGAUGCGCAUGUCAAAUUCCUUGAGUUGGAGAAGCUUCUAAGGAAUUGGGGGCAGGAUAGGACUCCUGAAUGUAGUCUUUUUCUCGCCGAGUUGUAUUAUGACAUUGGGUCUUCUCCUUCCAAUUCCAAUGAAUUCUUAUCAGAGGCAUCCUACCAUCUUUGUAAAAUAAUUGAAUCAGUAGCUUUAGAUCAUCCGUUUCAUUCGACAUUUGGGAAUAAGAAUUUCUCUUCAUUUAAGAGCUUCCAAGGGACUGAUGCAAUAUCACCUGAUAGCUCCAUUUGUGAAAGUUCACAUUUAGAUAGUUCCUUGUUAUCCAACAAAAGUCCCUUCUGGGCUCGUUACUUCUGGUUGAGUGGAAAGUUAUCUGUUCGGGAUGGGAACAAGGCAAAAGCUUACGAGGAGUUCUGCAUUUCCAUGUCACUUUUGGCAAAGAAUGAAAAUGCAGACAAUUCUUGUAUGGUGCAGCUGCCACAUUGUAAGAUUUCUAAAGAGCUAACUGUUGAAAGGAUUCUUCAUGAAAUUAAUUUGUUAAAGGUUGAUUUCUUGUUGGAGAAGACUCUAGGUGAGAUGAUUGAGAAAGAGGUGUACGUGGAAUGUGUAACUUUGCUUGCUCCUCUUCUUUUUUCUGCCAAUUCUUUAUCACCUUCACUGGCAUCUGACCCAAAGGGUGAUGGUGUUACCCCUGUUGAACUAUCAGCAUUAGAUAUAUUAAUUAAAGCUUGUCAGAAGAUAAAGCCAAUGGAUAUGGAGGUGUAUUUGACUAGUCACACACGAAAGCUUCAAAUACUCAUGGCACUAGCUGGAAUGGGUGAAUGUGUCGGUUUUGGUAAAGCCUUUCAUCAGAAGUCGGUGUCAAAAAUGCUUUCUGGUCCUGAGAUGGUAUCAGGUGACGGUACUAGCAAGCGCUGGAAUGACUUGGUUACAGAGGAAGUCAAGGAGAUUUUACAAUGUGUUUCACAAGUGAAAAACUUCAUUGAUCAAUCUGGAGAGUCUAAUGGCAUUGGUUUAGUUAGCAUCUUUAGUGACAUUCAAUCACUGCUUCUGGCAAUCAUGUACAGCAUUGCAAACAAUGUCCUUUGCAAGAAAUCCUCUAUGCAAGUAAAUGCUGAUCAACUGGAACAAAAGCAAAGUAAUUGCUUCAUUGAUGCAGCCAUUGCUUUCUGCAAGCUUCAACACCUUGACUCUUCAGUAACUGUUAAAAUCCAGGUUGAAUUAAUUGUAGCAACUCAUGACUUGCUUGCUGAAUAUGGGCUUUGUUGUGCGGGUGAGGGAGGUGAAGGGGAGGAAGCAACAUUUCUUAAAUUUGCAAUAAAGCAUCUCUUGGCCUUGGAUAUGAAGCUAAAAUCCAGUUUUAACUCUUCAAGCAGGGAGAUAAGUCCAGAUGACAGGCAGCCAAGCAAUGAUAAUGAUUUCAAAACAUCAGAAAAUGAAAUAAGUUCAGAUAAGAAAGUUGAGAGAAUGUGUGGAACUCAUAAUUCUGAAUCUAUUACUUCAAUGAAGGAUGAUAUUGAAGGGAUUACUUCUAAAGGAACUCUAUCUUUUUCUGGCCAAGAGAAAGACAAUGCAAUAGCACUUCAAAAGCAAUGUACUAAUGUCGACAAAAUCAAUCUUGGAGAAAAAUGUGGUCAUCAGCUUGAUGAAGGUGAUGAUGAGCUCAGCGAAGAUGAAAAGGAGGAACUUGAGCUAAUGAUAGAUAAUGCUUUGGAUCAGUGCUUUUUCUGCUUAUAUGGUCUUAAUCUUAGAUCUGACUCAUCUUAUGAUGAUGAACUGGCUGUGCACAAAAAUACUAGUCGUGGUGAUUAUCAGACUAAAGAACAAUGUGCCGAUGUUUUCCAAUAUAUUCUUCCUUCUGCAAAAGCUUCUUCUAGAACUGGAUUGGUCAAACUUCGCAGAGUGCUAAGAACCAUACGUAAACACUUUCCUCAACCACCUGAAGAAAUUUUGGCUGGAAACAUAAUAGAUAAGUUUUUUGAUGCUGAUUUAUGCGAGGAGGAACUUUCGGAGAUGGCUGGAUCUGAAGGUUAUCUGGAGACUGUAACAAAGAUGCUUUUUCCUGACGGAGGAAACCUCAAACAGUACAAGGCAUCAUUAUUACGGAGCUCUGAGCCAUAUUUGGAUGUCUAUAGCAAUCUUUAUUAUUUCCUAGCACAGUCUGAAGAAAUGAAUGCAACUGAUAAAUGGCCUGGCUUUGUUCUCACCAAGGAAGGGGAAGAAUUUGUUCAGCAAAAUGCAAACCUCUUCAAAUAUGACCUGCUCUAUAACCCCCUACGCUUUGAGAGUUGGCAACGUCUUGCAAAUAUUUAUGACGAGGAGGUGGAUUUGCUGCUAAAUGAUGGGAGUAAGCACAUAAAUGUAUCAGGAUGGAGGAAGAAUAUCACUUUGCCUCAGAGAGUUGAGACAAGUCGGAGGAGAAGCAGGCGCUGUCUAUUAAUAAGUCUGGCUUUGGCUAAGACAUCAGAGCAGCAGUGUGAGAUACAUGAACUAUUGGCAUUAGUGUACUACGACAGCCUUCAGAAUGUUGUUCCCUUCUAUGAUCAGCGAUCACUUGUGCCCUCAAGGGAUGCAGUUUGGAGGAUAUACUGUGAAAACUCCAUGAGGCAUUUCAAAAAAGCCUUAAUGCACAAGCAGGACUGGUCACAUGCAUUCUACAUAGGAAAACUCUGUGAAAAGCUUGGAUACUCAUAUGAGACAUCGUUGUCCUAUUAUGAUAAAGCCAUUGCUUUGAAUCCAUCAGCUGUUGAUCCUUUCUACAGGAUGCAUGCUUCACGCUUGAAGUUACUCUGGGACUGUGGAAAACAAAAUGUUGAAGUUUUAAAGGUUCUCUCAACGUAUUUUUUCAGUCAAUCUUUGAAGGAUGCUGCAAUGGACAUUAUCAGCAAAAUAACUCCUGAAACUUCACUUUUGGAAGAAGAUAAAAUGGACAAAACAGAGAAAAGGGAGGAGGUGUGGAACAUGCUCUACAAUGACUGUCUUUCCGCCCUGGAAAUUUGUGUUGGAGGAGAUCUGAAACAUUUUCAUAAGGCCAGAUUUAUGCUCGCCCAAGGAUUAUAUAAAAAGGGGGGCAGAGGUGAUUUGCAGAAGGCUAAAGACGAACUUUCUUUUUGCUUCAGAUCAUCUCGGUCAUGCUUUACAAUAAACAUGUGGGAGAUUGAUGGCAUGGUGAAAAAGGGAAAGCGCAAAGCACCAGGCUUAGCUGGGAACAAGAAGGCCCUUGAAGUAAACUUACCAGAGAGCUCUAGAAAGUUUAUAACUUGCAUCCGGAAAUACUUGCUGUUUUAUCUGAAAUUAUUGGAAGAAACUGGAGAUAUCUGUACUCUUGACCGGGCUUAUGUCUCCCUCCGGUCUGAUAAGCGGUUCUCCUUGUGCAUUGAAGAUCUUGUUCCAGUGGCACUUGGGAGGCACAUCAAGGCUCUAGUUUUAUCUAUUAAUCAAGUUGAGACUGCUGCUACUGAUCCUGCAUCUAGUUUUGAGCAUCAACUAGAGAAGAUAUUUGGUUUGUUUAUGGAACAGGGUACCUUAUGGCCUGAGAUCUGCUCUUUGCCUGAGAUUAGAAGUCCAGAAAUAUCCGAAAGCAGUUUAUAUGGGUAUCUUCACCAGUACAUUGUGUCGCUGGAAAGAAAUGGAAAACUGGAAACACUUGAAGCAAUAAAUGAGAGGAUCCGGAAACGGUUCAAGAACCCAAAAUUGUCAAAUAGUAAUUGUGCCAAAGUUUGCAGGCAUGCCUCUAGUGCUUGGUAUCGUUCUAUUAUAAUUGGCUUGGCAUCAAUCACUCCGUUGCAAUCUGGAUUCUCGAAUGAGGUUCAAACCCUUAGCCAACAAACAGAUGGUGUCGUGGAAAGCAGUCAGCAGCUUUGUGUUGAUCUGCAAACACAUGAAAUAUGGAAUUCGUUGUUCGAGGACUCAACUCAUUUGGAAAGUCUCCAAGCAAAAUGGAACCCAACAUUGGCAAAAAUUAAUAAUAUUGUGAUAAAGAAAGCUUCUGAUGGAGAUUUGGAGACUGCCAACUCUUUGCUUAGAAGUUCAUAUAAUUUCUAUCGCGAGAGCUCCUGUGUAAUGCUCCCAUCCAGUCUCAACCUUUCUUUAGUGCCAUCUCGACUAGUAAAAGAAAAGCAAUUUCCAUUUAGCAUGGAAGGGGUUGAACCUCUUGAUCUAAGCAAUCCAAGGAAGCUUUUGUUGUGGGCUUAUACGCUGUUGUAUGGCCGCUAUGCCAGCAUCUCGGUUGUUGUAAAAUAUUGUGAAGAAAAUGCUAAGUUGAAGAUGAAAAGGGGAGCUGCAACUUCUUCAGCACCUCAAAAUACGAACACUAGCAUUGCUGCAUCCAGCCAUACAGCUGCCAGUAGCGGCAAAGAAGCAGCAAGUCAUGGUGGAGGCAGUGAAGCGGAAACAACUGUGGUGACAUCGGGGCCACCUGUUGUAGUGUCUGAAAGUGAUAGCAGACAUUCUGCCAAUCCACUUCCAUCGUCGAGUGAGGGUCAAAGAAGCUUACUCGUGGCUCCACAGCUUCAUCCCUGUAACAACAAUGAAGGGGAAAGGGGAAGGAGCAGUGUUGGACACGAAGGAGAUGAUACUAACAAAGGCUGAUUUUGUAUAGUGGAUUGAUUGUUGUAAAAAAAGUGUCAUACAUUUGUUACAAUUGAAACUAAACUGUACUUGGUUGAGUUUCAUUAUUAUAAUUGCAAAGAAAACGGAGGGGCAAUGGUUUUGCUUA